AUGACUUCCACAAUGGACCUGACUGCGCUUGAAAAAGACCCUCGACUCUUCCUCUACACUUCUCUCACGGCAGGCUCCUCCCACAUUGUAACAGCAACUUCACGAAUGGAAACCAUUCUCAAAGCCAAUAAAAUCCCUUUCCAAGCUAUCGAUCUUGCCACAGAUGAACAGGCCAGAAGACUGUGGCAGAGGAGAGCUGGGAAACGCAAAUUACCGGGUUUGGUAAAAGAGGGAUUCGUUGUCGGUGAUCUCAACGAGGUGGAAGAGUGGAAUGAAUUUGGAGAACUGAGAGAAAAUAUCGGACCUGUCCCUGCAGGAAAUGUCGCGGUGCCCAAGGGAGGACCUGUGGGAGUUCAGACUGCACCGGCCUUGUCGCAUAACAUCACGCCUGCUGCUGCUGGCACGUCUACGACAGCAAAAUCUGCUGCGCCUGCCCCGGUGAGCAGAAGUCAAGGAAUCGCGUUGCCGGGCGCUGCGGAGAUUGCAGCCAGGAGUAAGAAGUCGUCUCCACCAGCAUCGGCGAGUGCAGUUAGUGGUGGGGACAAAUCUACACCUAUGGCUCUUGGGAAAAGUGCAGAUGGGAAGGUGACGAAAACACCUACCCCGGAACUUUCAUCCAGCAAGGUGAAUAGCCAGAAGGGGAACGAGCCGAGUCAUAAGGAAGAGCAAGGAGAGGACGAUGUGCCAGAGGCCAGUGCUGCAGUCGAGGGACUGAAGAUCAGCGAGCCAUCCAUAGACGAUACGACAGGGAGUAGUGAGGCUGUUGCAAAAACAGUCGAGGCAGAUGAGACAACAAAGGGGAAGAGCAGUGACAUUGUGGACGUUCCAGCGCGUUCUGCUGAGACGGAGGAGGCGCAGAGCCAGCCAGCGAAGGCUACGGAGAGAGCUGAAGCUGACAAGGAGAAGGAGGAGGAGGAGGAGAAAGCAGAGUGAGAAAGAAGUUGAGGAAGAUGCGAUACCCGAAGGCGACGGAGGAGGCUGUUCUUGGUGAUGAGGAUGCUGGCUCAUCGAGAUAAUGUAAUGCGAUAUUCAUCAUCAGCAAAAUCAG